GAGGCGAACAAAGAAAGUAGCAAGCUGAAAGCAAAUUACAAGAUGAAGUCGGUAUUCUUAUUAGCACUUGGCGUGUUCAUUAUUUGUGGAGUUGGCGCGUCAUUGUCAAAAAGAGGGCCAUACACUCUUGAAGCAAAUAAUAACAACAAAAAAGGAAUUUCAGCCAAUAUUGGCGACGAUAUCGGCGAUCUUGGAUGUUUGAUCUGUAAAGAUGUUACGGUGUUUGCUAAAAAACAAAUCUCUGAAGAUACUAAGAAAGAUAUAAUAACUACUUUGCAGAAUGUGUGCAAAAGCGUUUUGUCAUUCUUUGAAUCUUUUUGUAAUGAGAUUGUCAAAAUGGAGGACGCAGACAUUGAAUCGCUGAUUAAAAGUGACCCCGAAGCAAUUUGCAAGCAAAUUGGGCUAUGUUAAGGAAUCAAUAUGAAAUUACAGAUUCUAUACUGAAUCAAAGGCAAACUCUUUCGAGAAGCUAAUGCCCAAAAUGGAAAUGACAAAAAUGAAAAAAUGUUGUUACUCCAAAUGGUCCUUUUUUGUAGUAAAUAAAGAUGAUGUGACUAACUCUUCGUAGUCAAACUGUCAA